AUGACAGCCAUGGUAGCAAACGGACAGGCGCACCAGCGCCAGAACCUUCACCUUGUGACGAACGAGGACUCUGUCUACGAACAGGACAUAAUUCGCGACCCGUCAAGUGUCAAGCCGUGGCUUGUGUAUAUUGAGUUCAAGUCCCGCUAUGGAACUCCGCAUGAGAAAUCUUUCGUGAUGGCACGCGCCUGCGCCCAGCUGCCACGGUCGUAUAAGCUUUGGAAGAUGUUUUUGCAGUUUCGUGUCAAGCAUGUUUCGAAGUUGAACUCCGCCAUGUUCAAUAACGAAUACAACAAGGUCAACGCGCUCUUCGAACAGGCCCUCAUUCUGCUCAACAAGAUGCCUCGAAUUUGGGAAAUGUACCUCUCUUUCCUGAUGAAGCAACCGAUGGUGACAACAGUCCGCCGAGUUUUUGACCGAGCCCUCCGCGCGCUUCCGAUUACACAACACAACCGCAUCUGGGCCCUGUACAUCCCAUUUGCCAAUGCCGCGUCGGGCGAGACUGCGGUCAAAAUCUGGCGCCGCUACAUGCAGGUACAUCCUGAGCAUGCUGAGGAUUUCAUCGAACUUCUCGUUAAUAAUGAGUUGUACACGGAGGCUGCGACGACUUACAUCAAGAUUCUCAAUAAUACGCGGUUCGUAAGCAAACAAGGAAAGGGUCACUUCGAGCUGUGGAACGAGCUGGUGGAAUUGCUUGUGAGCCACGCCAACAAAGUCCAGUCUGGCCACGAGACUGGUAUUGAUGUCGAGGCCAUUAUUCGGAGUGGAAUUUCCCGAUUUUCAGACCAGCGAGGCAAGCUUUGGGCUGGUCUGGCAACCUACUGGAUUCGAUGCGGUAGUUUCGAACGUGCUCGCGAUACCUUUGAAGAAGGCAUCACCAGCGUCAUGACCGUCCGCGACUUUACGUUGAUCUUCGAUUCCUAUGUGGAGUUUGAAGAGUCUGUAAUUGGCGCCCUGAUGGAAAUGGCGACUGCCCGCGGCCAGAAAGGUAUUGACGACAAAGAAGCAGACUUUGAGCUCGAUAUUCGCAUGAUGCGAUUCGAGCACCUCAUGGACCGACGCCCGUUCCUCCUCAAUGACGUGCUACUCCGACAGAAUCCUAACCAAGUGCUGGAAUGGGAGAAGCGAGUGGCUCUCUGGGGCGACAACAAGGUCGAGGUGGUUCAGACCUACACAGACGCUAUUGCUAAAAUUCAACCGAAGCAUGCAAUCGGCCCUUUUCACCAGCUUUGGACGAACUAUGCAAAAUUUUACGAGGCAGGAGGCGAUAUCCGCAAUGCUCGAACUAUCAUGGACAAGGCUGUCAAAGUGCCAUUCAAGUCAGUGGCGGAGCUAGCAGACAUGUGGAUUGAAUGGGCUGAGAUGGAGCUCCGGAACGAAGAAUUCGACGAGGCUGUCAGAAUUAUGGCCAAGGCUGUUCAGGCCCCGAAGCGAUCGAAUGUCGACUACUUUGACGAAACGCUCUCACCACAGCAGCGAGUUCAUAAGAGCUGGAAGUUGUGGAGCUUCUACGUUGAUCUCGUUGAGAGUGUCUCGACGUUGGAAGAUGUGAAGAAGGUUUACGAGCGCAUUUUCGAGCUCCGCAUUGCCACUCCCCAGACUGUGGUCAACUAUGCCAACCUGCUGGAGGAGAAUGAGUACUUUGAGGAGUCAUUCAAGAUUUACGAAAGAGGCCUGGAUCUGUUCAGCUACCCCGUGGCUUUUGAGUUGUGGAACAUGUAUUUGACCAAGGCUGUGGACCGCAAGAUUGGCAUCGAGCGACUGCGUGACUUGUUCGAGCAGGCAGUGGAAGACUGCCCGCCCAAGUUUGCCAAGACCAUCUACUUGAUGUACGGCAACCUGGAGGAAGAGCGAGGGCUGGCACGCCAUGCUAUGCGCAUCUACGAGCGUGCUACCAGGGCCGUGUCGGACGAAGACCGGGCCGACAUGUUCAACUUUUACAUCACCAAAUCGGCGUCCAAUUUCGGGCUUCCCUCUACACGACCAAUUUACGAGCGUGCCAUUACGGCGCUGCCAGACGAGGAAGCCAAGGACAUGUGCCUCAAGUUUGCGGACAUGGAGAAGCGCCUCGGCGAAAUCGAUCGCGCGCGAGCCAUCUUUGGCCAUGCCUCGCAGUUUUGCGACCCACGCACGAACGCGGAUUUCUGGAGCAAGUGGGAAGCGUUUGAGGUGCAGCACGGCAACGAGGACACAUUCAAGGAGAUGCUACGCAUCAAGCGUAGCGUCCAGGCACAGUACAACACGGAUGUCAACUUUAUCGCCUCGCAGGCCCUGGCAAAGAGCCAGGCCGCGGCAGCGGCGGCGGGCCGGGAAAUGGACACGGACACGCAGGACGCCAUGGCAGCGCUCGAGAGGCAAGCACGCGCACCGCAAGGUUUCGUGGCCGCCAGCACGGGACCGGUGGGCGGCGGUGUGCAAGACAGCAAGCCAGCUGUGGCGGCCAAUCCAGAUGCGAUUGACAUCGACAGUGGCGAUGACGAGUAA